AUGAAUUUGGAGGCUCACCUGAGUUCUGACACGAUGGCAAAGGUCUUUCAGGAUGCGCGUUGUGUGAAAUUAUUCGACGAGUGGACCACACGUACGAAGGCGCCGAAUCCGCAAAUGGGUGCCGAUGGACAGGGAUCGCAGUUCCUGCUCGAGACGUACGAUCAGUUCGAGACAGUUGAGCGUCAAUUUGAUGUUCAGGUCGGUUCGGGUGGGUAUUUGUACCUGGUGUGGCGAAGCUCGCGCGAGGAGGUUACACUGCGUGUGUCUGGGUUUGUUUCUCAGAUGAGUCUUCUGCCCCCUUUCAGGCGCUCAUUCAGGCUGCCGAGGGGAAAUCCGAAUCUCGCUCUGCAGACUGUUGUGGUUGCCGGUGAUGGUCCUGCAUUCCGGCGAGCCAUCACUGCCCGAUCAAACAUCUUACGUUUCAUGGAAAUGCAUGCACGCCGUGGAACGACAUCUGUAAUUGAUGAUGUCUGGCUUGGCGCCAUGCCGUGUUUUAUUGCAGAGACACGUGUGCUCACGCCUAUGGUGGAAGCACCAUUGUUUGACAGUGCCGAUCUGAACAUGGUUAUUGACCCGUAUAGUGCAUUGGCAGAGCUAGUUGCUGGUGGGAGGCUCUCGUGGACAUCAGACAAUGUCGUGUCAUGCAUGGAGCUGAAGGGCGAGUAUGACGACAGGUGGUCUACUCCUGUGCAGUCAUCCCUUGACAUGGUGCGUGCCGGUGAGCUCGUUGAGCUUUCAGUAAACUUUCGGCUUCGUGAGCACGUGAGUCCAAAUGGGGCAAACGUAGGUCGCAAGUUUCUUACACGACUUGACACUGUCAUGAUCGUGAGUCGCUUGGGGAUGAAGCUGAUUGCGGACUGCGAGUCAGAGCACUUGUCGAUGAUGCGUAUUGCUGCGGCGGCUGAUAACACUGGUGGAGGUAAGGCUCCGAAGAAGAGACGGUUCUCUUACCUCCAGUCUGUGCCUUCUGUUUUAACCAGUACUGAACAACACUUGAAUUCGCUGACAGUAUUGGACAAGACAGAUGAUGUAGAUCAGGUAAUGAAGCCGGUGGGAUAG